AUGAAUGAUAUUCAACGUUUAUUUUGUUGUUGUGGUUGUUUACGAUUAAAACAAAACAAUCAAAUUGCUCAUCAUAAUUUCGAUGAUCCGACUACAUUUUAUAUUUAUUUAGGAAUUGAUUCAUUAAAUAUUUCAACAUCAACAUCAUUAAUUAUAGCUGAUUUUGGUUCAUCUUAUGGAAAAUAUUCUAUUCAAACUAUGAAAAUAAUUAUUGAAUAUUUAAAAAAAACAAAAAAAUUUCUCGGUAUACCAUUAAUUAUUCAUAAUGAUAUUAUAACAAAUAAUUGGACAAAAUUUUUUCAAGUUCUUAUCGAUGAUAAUUCAUAUUAUGGUCUAGCUACCGGACGUUCAUUUUAUGAACAAUGUCUUCCAACAAAUAGUCUUUCAAUAGGUUAUUCAUCUGCAUCAUUACAUUAUUUAUCUAAAAAACCUUGUAAUAUACAUAAUCAUUGUUAUUUUCAAUUUGCAAAUGAUAAUGAACGUAAAUUAUUUCAACAUCAAUCUAAACUUGAUUUUAAUUUAUUUAUUGAACAUCGUUCACAUGAAUUAAUAUCGGGUGGAAUUCUUAUUCUUAAUAUUCCAAGUAUAAACGAAAAAGGUGAAAUGGGUUUUAAUCAUUAUUUUGAUUUAAUUUAUAAAUGUGUUCAAUUAAUUUCACGACUAACAACAAAUGAAUUAUUAGAUUUUACUAUUCCAUUUUAUUUACGUUCAUUAUCAGAAUGUAUUGAUAUGGAAUUAUUUCAUCGAUGUUCAUUAAAAUUAAUUAAAGUUGAAUUAGUUUGUUUAAAAUCAUUGAUUUUUCAUCAAUAUCGAAAUCAUGAAAUAACACAUACUCAUUUAGCUAAAUCUUUAACAAUGUUGAUGCAAUCAGGAACGGAAUUAGCAUUGAAACAAUCAUUACAAAUAAACAGGCGAUCAAAUCAAGAAAUAGAUGAAAUAAUAAAGCAAUUUUGGCAUUUAUAUGAACAAACAAUUAAUAAUGAAGUAUUUGAAAAUGAUAUAAAUACUUAUGCGACAUAUUUAAUUUUAAAGAAAGAGUAA